UUAUGUAAUAAACUUUAUUACAGGGUCUAAAUAAUAAUCUAGAGAUUUUUGCAUAAUAAACUCUAUAUAGGGAUUAAAAUGUAAUUUUAGAAGGACCCUUAUGUAAUAUAUUCUUAUCAGCAGUUUUCAUGCAAAAGUGCCCCCAAUUAGCAAAUGGGUCCAAGCGGGUUUCGAUUUUCGGGUUGAAAUGCAAAACUCGAGCCCACUGAUCGCACACGGUGGAGGCAUCGAAAAGUGGAUCCUGCCUCCCCGACGACCUUUUUUCGAUCCCACACGGUGGAGAUGCCGAAAAGUGGAUCCUGCCUCCCCAGCCAUGUGCUGGCUAACGGUCGUCGGAGAGACCUAAUCAGUGGACCGACGGUUCUCCCCUCCAAACCGCUGUCUCCAAAUCUUUCGAGAUCGGACGGAAGUGGAGGUGCCGUGGCCGGUGCUCCACCCACCAAAAAAUGGGCCAGCGAUCACCAGAAAACCACAAUCGGUGGACCACCACCCCUUCCCCAGGAUCCACCGCAAUGGUCGUCGGAGGAGGAUCAAAAAUCCAUCCUCGGGACCGACCACGACAGAGGGGAAGGUCAAGUGCAAGAGGCAUUCUCUCCACCGACUUCGAUGAGAGUGAGAUGGGUGCAUUGAAGAACUCAAAGCCGAAUGUGGGCAUCAUUGGGCCAGCUUGGAAAGGUUGGCACUGGCCAAAGAAGAAUUGUCGUCUGCUCGAGCCGAUGCUGAUUUGGCAAAGACGGAAGCAGAGUCGGCAAAGGAAGCACUGGGUCAGGCAGUCGAGGAUUUUUGAGACUCGAAAGACUUCAAGGAAGAGAUCCUUGAAGGUGGCUUCACUUCGUAUUGUAUCGGGUAUGAAGAUGGCUGUGAUGUGGUCAGAAAGUUAUACCCGGACCUCGACCUGAGCAGCAUCGUCCCUCCGAGAUUCGAAGAUGGUGCUGAAGAAGAAGAAGCCACCCUGACACAGGGUGAAGCACCAAUCAGGCCCGAAAUCAUUCAAGUUGACGAUGCUACCCUAAAUAAAGGGACGAUGACGAAGCUUAGUCAGUGUAUCUAUAUUAUUAUUAUUUUUUUUUUUGUAGCCUGAUACUUGUAGUCAGACUUCAGUCCAAUUUUGUACUUUCUUUUUUGAUAAUGAAUGAAAAUAUUUUUCUUCAA